GCACAACGUGACUUGUGACUUAAGCUGCAUCGUUCCAGUCUGUAAACAGGAUAAUUUUUCGUGACUUCGCCUGUGAAUUCCAAUCCAGUUAUGGCUGCUAUUAGUCUGCUAAACCCGAAAGCCGAGUUUGCUCGGGCUGCCCAGGCACUGGCCAUCAACAUCACGGCGGCGAGGGGCAUCCAGGAUGUGAUGAAGACGAACCUGGGCCCGAAAGGCACCAUGAAAAUGCUUGUGUCCGGAGCUGGUGACAUCAAAAUCACUAAGGAUGGAAACGUUCUUCUGCACGAAAUGCAAAUCAUGAAUCCCACCGCUUCACUAAUUGCCAGGGCUUCGACAGCUCAGGAUGACAUGACAGGUGACGGCACCACAUCCACCGUCCUUGUCAUCGGAGAGCUGCUGAAGCAAGCCGAUGUUUUCAUCUCCGAGGGACUGCACCCGCGUAUCGUUGCUGAGGGAUUUGAUCUUGCCCGCAAGAAGUCUUUGGAGGUGCUUGACAGCAUCAAAAUCAAGGUUGAUGUCAACAAAGAAGGCCUAUCUGGCGUUUCGAGAACAGCCUUGAAAACAAAGCUGCACCCCAAACUUGCUGAUCAACUUAGUGAUGUUUGCGUUGAUGCCAUCCUGAGCAUUUACAGCAAGGAUAUCCCUCUUGAUCUGCACAUGGUUGAGAUCAUGGAAAUGCAGCACAAAACAGAGCUGGAUUCAAAAUUGGUGAAGGGUAUUGUGAUGGACCAUGGAGCAAGACAUCCUGACAUGCCAAAGAAAGUCACUGAUGCCUUUAUUCUCACGUGUAACGUGUCUAUGGAGUACGAGAAGAGUGAGGUUGCAUCUGGGUUCUUCUACAAGAGUGCUGAGGAGAGGGAAAAGCUGCUCAAGGCUGAGCGCGAUUUCAUCGAAAAGAGGGUCCAAAAGGUCAUCGAGUUGAAGAGGGCUGUUUGCGCUGGUAACAAGAAGGGCUUUGUCGUCAUUAACCAGAAGGGAAUCGACCCCUUCUCCCUGGACGCGCUUGCUAAGGAGGGCAUCAUGGCCCUGCGCCGCGCUAAGAGGCGCAAUAUGGAGCGUCUCACCCUUGCUUGCGGAGGAAUCGCAAUGAACAGCUUUGACGAUAUGCUGCCUGAGCACUUGGGAUACGCUGGACUUGUUUAUGAGCAUGUUCUGGGCGAGGACAAGUUUACUUUUGUCGAAGAAUGCAAGAAUCCUCAGAGUGUGACCAUCCUGAUGAAGGGUCCCAACAAGCACUCACUUGUCCAGAUGAAGGACGCUAUCAGGGAUGGGCUCAGGGCUAUCAAGAACACCAUUGACGAUGGUUGUGUUGUUCCUGGUGCUGGAGCCUUUGAGAUUGUUGCGAAUAAGGAGUUGAUGGCGCUGAAGCAGACUGUCAGCGGAAAGGCCAAACUCGGCGUUCAAGCCUAUGCUGAGGCGCUACUCAUCAUUCCUAAGGUCCUAGCACAAAACGCUGGAUUUGAUACUCAGGAUAGUAUUGUUAAGCUUCUGGAGGAGGCGGCAAACACUGGAUUGCCUGUUGGUCUCGACCUUUCCACAGGGGAGGCUAUGGUGCCAGCUGAUUCGGGAGUUUUCGAUAACUUCAUUGUCAAGAAGCAAAUAAUCAACUCUUGCACUGUGAUUGCAAGCAACCUCCUCCUUGUGGACGAAAUCAUGAGGGCAGGAAUGUCAUCUCUCAAGGGCUAAACACGCCCUUUCAACCAACCCCGCCUUUAACUGUUUCUCAACUUUGCAACGUAAUUCCUUAUUUAAUGUAUUUGUUCACGAAGUCAUGGUAUUUUCCUGUCUCAAAGAUUAAUUCUGCUUUCUAAUAAAGUAACAAAAAAAUUUACAGCAGAA